UUUUUUUUUCCUCUUAUAAAACCCAGCCCCCUCAUACUUUUAGCUAAUGCGAUGGGUAUAUAAAUCAGUGCUGACUUGCAUAGACAGAUACGAACUUUCCCUGCACCCGGCAGAAAAAGAAAGGGAACCUGCUGAUAUGGCAGGGCUGCUUAACUACUACUUCCUCAUCUGUGCUACGAUUGUGAGGAUCUCCAGCCGGUACCUGGAACCGAAAGGAGUGUCUUCCCACUUCAACCUGCAGUGUUUCAUGCUUUAUCCCAAAUACAUGUCAUGCCACUGGAGUCCACAGGAUGGUGCUCGGCCCAAUGCAACUUUCCACCUCAGGUACAAGAUGAGGGGAGCAACAGAAGUUGAAGAGUGCAAAGACUACAUCACCCAGGGCCCAAACUCCUGCUACUUCAGCCGUGUCAACCUGUGCCUGUACUUGACCUACGAAAUCUGGGUAGAAACCACCAGUGAGAUGUCGGAGAAGCUGGUAGUUAACACUGAAGACAUUGCCAAAACAGAACCACCGACAGGCCUGACCGCGGAGGGAUUUGGCACCCACCUGUCUGUGGAAUGGCAGUACCCACCAGGCAUCGCUGCCUCCUUUUACCCAUUGGUGUUUGAACUCUGGUACCAGGAGCAGGGGAGCAGGGAGUGGAAGAGAGAACCCAAUGUGGGUGAACAGAUCAGCUACUCCCUCGAGGACGUGACACCAGGCACCACGUACCGCCUCCAGGUUCGCUGCAAGCACGCAGAUGGGAAGGGCUUCUGGAGCGAGUGGAGCGCUCCCAUCACAGUCCAGCUUGGAUGGCACAGCACAGAGCCAGCACCCAAUGCUGAGCCGCAGUAGGGGGGCCACCGCCUUGGAGCAGGGCAGCGGCUCAGCCAGCCUUGCACACUACCCCCACCAUGGCUAGAGCAACCCCACAUCUGAGCCCCAGGGUCUGCCGGGCCCCCAAGGCAGGCGAGUCCAGAAACUUUCUGUGAAAGCUGUUGCUUCCUUUAAAAUCCCAGAAACCAUCAGCAAUAAGGUGCUCUUUAUUAUUAUAAUUAUUAUUAUUAGCAAGUACAAGAGCUUUAAUGUAUGGCGUGCUGUCUGGAAACACGUAUUAAUAUGACAUCCCUCCAGUGCCCAGGCACAGUGCUUUGUGCAUCUCUACAAGCUGUCAAACUUGAUAGGCAACCACUGGCCACCUCUACACUGGCAAUCCCAGCAGGAAAAGAUAUUCUGCAUUUCCUUUCUUACACCAUCUUCUAGAUACCCUGUGGGCUUGAUUCCUUUCUCAAAACCCAUCCCACCGGAGAGGUCGAUCGGGGCUAAAAAGAUCACGGCAACACGUGGCUUGCCACCAUUAGGCGCCAGAGUCAUCGCCACAUGGCACGAACGGUUAGGGGACUGUGUGUCCAGGGCUGUUGUCCAGUCCGCCUGCAGGCUCCGGAAGACAAUUCUCCGCUGUUACAUACUGCUCAUAUUUGGGAAUUUUUUUUUCCUGUCUUUUUUGCCAUCACCAAAGCCAGAAAUGUAUCACUUCUUUUUUUCUUUUUUUUAAAUGGAAGCUGAGAUUCAGCUGAAUCUAAAUAUGCCACACCAGCCCCAUAAAUAAUUGAGGGCACUGGGUGUUUGACAUGCUGCUUAAGGAAGUGCUGGGAUACCAUUUGGUUUUAUGACCAGGUUAGCGUGGCAACCUGGCACUUAUAAAACAUGCCUGGAACAAGAGACACGGUGUGACUCUCAACUACCCAAGACCUGCCUGUGUGAUACUGGCCUUUAAACUGGAGGCAGGCCCAUCAAAUGGCCGCUACAAUAAAAGCAUCAUAAAUCGCUACAUUUAUAUAGCAUCUAGCGACCACAAGGGUCUCCUGGCGUCUCACAAGCCAGAGACAUCUCUCCAGCACCGCUCAGAUUCAGCCGCUGCCGGACUGGAGUGGAGCAGACAACCUGUGCACAGUAAAAGAGCAGGGCUGGGGGGAGGGGGGGGGGCGGUGUUUUUUCCCCCCGACUUUUAUUUAGACGAAAAACAUGCUGCGAGCUCUAGCACAGCCAUGCAGGAAAGAGGUGGCUUCAGCUCUCAAGGUGUCACCCCCAUGACCCCAACACAGCAAAACCUGUCCACAGCAUUGCUAUCAGACGGAGGAAGAAUCAACCCAGCGUUACUGGGACUUCUCUCCUGCGAUGUGCAUGGCCCAACGGCAUGUUUAAUGAGCACCCCACCCAAGGUCGAUUAGCAUUGUUAUGAGCCGAGGCAUCCAAUGAUUAAGGUCACCGAUUUCUGGCUAAGCUCGAAACCAAAACCGUGUCUCCUGGGUGCCAGUCUAGUGUUUUACCCACAGGACCAUCUUCCAUAGGCUUCUAAGGAGCAGUCUCUAGGGGUCUCUAUGCCCAAUGUCCCUACCUUUAUCUCAUUAAGGCAGAAAGCUUCCUACCACCUCAGUGGCAUGGUUUCACGUUUCUGCAUCCACAAAUUGCUGCAAUGAACCACGAGUGAACCCCACCCUGCACGAGUGCAGAAUUAAUGACGUGCCUGGCUAGUGUGGGGAGAGGCACAAAGAGCAGAGCUGCAUGCAAAAAUAAUUCUCUGGGCUUGGCAAGGCAUACGGCGGCCGCACAGCAGACGACAACUGGCCCAGCGGGGAACCCUCAAUGACAAACAAAGCAGCAAAGCCAUUGUGUUACCCACAAGAGCGUCCCCACAUUGCUGAACAUUUACAAACGCUCAAGGAGUUGCCAUCACACCUCCCCUUCCCCUCUCCUAGCUCAGGGGUUCAGCACUCCUGUGGGGCAGACUACACAGAGGAAGCCAAGCAUGCUCUUUUGCCAUGAAAAACUAAAAAGCAGGAACGUUACACCUCAGUCAGAUCAUGAAUUGAAAGUGGUCAGCCCACUCCUAUUAACUCAGACAUGCUUUUGAUCAGCAGCGCACUGCACAGGUUACAAAUGGCGAAUGCACAGGUCUGGAGAUAUUUUGAAAGCCACCGUUUGCUUGUUAUUUUCUCUUGCCGUGGCAAUGAGGAUAGCAGGGACCUCUGGCCUCGGUUUAAUCACCUCUUAAACAUUUAGGCAGUCUUACCCUGGGCCCGGCUCACCUGAAUGGAGGAAGUGGUGAGGCAGAGGAAAACAAGGGUUACAUUUGAAACAGCACCUGCACCACCGACUACCAAGUGACUGCUACAAAUCCAGCAUCUAGGCUGGUCUCUGCCAGGCCCGGGGAGAGCAAACGCUUAAGGGAAACAUGACACACCAAAGGUGGCUGCCAAGCAAGGUUUAAAAGGAAUUCCUCUGAGUCUGUGGAGAUGAGGAGUUACAUUAGACAAAGCUACUUGAGAGCAUGAAGAAAUACAAAAAAAAAAAAGGUUUUCCACAUCUUCCCAGAACCAGGUUUUCACAUACACGCAGCUCUCAUUGAUGCGCUAGACAAGGGCCAGAUCUACUCUUCUAAACCAGUUUGAAAAGCCAGCUGUGCUGUCCUACAAAUCACUUCGUUUACCAGGAGGUGCAUUGUGCCCUUUAGAUAUAGCCACAGCUAGUUUUCUUAAAUCAUCGAGCUAUGCACAUGCAAGACAGUAAGUCUCUCAGUCCUGACCCACAGAUAUUGCUGUAGCCAUGUAGUAGAAGAACAGAUACAGUGGGUACUUGCAGUCUGGAUGCAGAAGCUGAUUUCGUCCUAUUUUUCUUGUUUGAUGCUUUUGGAAGAGCUCCAAGAUGGCCACUGAUGAGUCAUAUGACCAUGCAGGUUCUGAGUAAUCUUAUUAAAGAUACAGCCUAAUCAUUCAUUUACCCUUUGCAGAUCUACUCCAGCCUUGGCGUAACCCUUCUGGCAUCAGUGGAGCUCAUCAAGGGUGACCCAGUUGCUGUUGUUCUGUGCACUGCAUUCAGGGUCGUAUAGGCAGGGCGCCACGCUGGUACAACUACACCCACUUUUCAUGAAGGCAGCUGCUCGCAGGGAUGAUUCAGCCCCUGCAUAUACACAGGCUGACCUCCCAGUGCCUUUUUCCUGCUGCAACCCGUGGUCCUGCCUCACACUUCCAUGCAGAGUGCUAGUUUUCCUUACAUCAAGCACCAUCAUCACUGCUGGGUCUUCAGUUCAAGUCUUUGCUGAGGUGCAGGAGGCCUAAAAUAACUGAUCCAUAGAUCACCCUAGGGAUUCAGCCUUUAUGGUCAGCCUACUGAAGCCCCUUAGGCCUCAAAGUCCUGCAAGGGUGUAAGCCUUUGGAGCGACUUUCCACUUCUUGUCGACAUUAUUGCUGUUGAAGGGAACUGUUUCCACCCAUGUGCUGCAGUCCCCUGUGGACCUGGACCAGCUCACCUAUACCCAAUGGCCUCAGGUCCUUGGCUCCUUUGCUAUGGGGGGCUAUAUGACCCUUCCUUGACUGUGAGCAAGGCACUUAACUCUACUGCACCUCAGAUGCCCAAUCUACAAAAGGAUGCCUCUCUUACAGGGGUGUUGGGAGGUUUAAUCAGAUGAGGCAUAAAACCAGGUCUGAAAGUAAAACAUGCAGCAUGGUCACUAAAUAUCACGGCUAGUGGUGGUUGUACGUGCUUGCUGGGGGGCAAGGCACUGGGAAUAGAAAGUAGCAGAGCAACUUCAUUCUGAAUAUUUUGAGCCGUGUGAGUAUUACCCUGCUCCUUAUGCCAUCGCGUACCUUUAAAAUACAGGUUUCCCUCGCUUUAUGCUGUACAUGCAUUCCUGGAAAAGGAUGCAUAACU